UUGUUUCGUUGUGUUAUUAUGCCUGAACCAGCGAAGUCCGCCCCGAAGAAGGGAUCUAAGAAGGCCGUCACGAAGGCCGCCGGUAAGGGAGGAAAGAAGCGCAGGAAGUCUAGGAAGGAGAGUUACGCUAUCUACGUGUACAAAGUCUUGAAGCAGGUUCAUCCUGACACCGGGAUCUCCUCCAAGGCGAUGGGCAUCAUGAACUCCUUCGUCAACGACAUCUUCGAGCGCAUCGCCGGUGAGUCGUCUCGUCUCGCUCACUACAACAAGCGCUCCACCAUCACAUCGAGAGAGAUCCAGACCGCCGUGCGUCUGCUGCUGCCCGGUGAACUGGCCAAACACGCCGUGUCUGAGGGGACAAAGGCUGUCACCAAGUACACCAGCUCCAAGUAAAGUGUCAUGAAGCUUUCAGCUGCACCCAAAGGCUCUUUUAAGAGCCACCCAUAUACUCGUUUGAAAGAGGUUUUUGUCUUUUUCUAUAAAGAUUGUGGGUUAAGUAGAAUUUGUUUUUCUGGUCAAAAUUAUCCAAUACGUGCUUUGUUUUUCUAUCAGUGUUUUGUCAAUUGUGUUUAACAUGCUAUUGAAACUCUGGAUGACUACAAGGUUCGUUAGCAGGACUUUUAAAUAAUAGUCAAAAUUUGCCAGAAAAUUUUAAACCACUUUAAACCUAACAUUUUUCCUCAAACUUCUAUUAAACUGUGGCACCCCUUUACAGUGUCCCACAGCACCCCAACUACUGAAUAUAUGAAUAAAUAUGCGAUUGAAAACAAUCAUUG